AUGGACUGUACCCUCAAACCAGCCAAGGUAAAGAAGGGGGUGAACAUUCUGACCGCACAGACCAGUGAGCCUCGGCAGUGGGAUGUGAGGCAAGAGGUGGGCAAUGGAGGGAAACACACCACCACCUCCGUGUCCUGCCAGCGCCUGGGCCCUGGGGCACGCAAUAGAAGCAGCAAUUUAUUCAGUGAGGUCAUGCAGAUGAAUUUUGAAAUCGCCAGCUUCAGCAGCCUCUCAGGGACACAGCCCAUCACCUGGCAGGUGGAGUACCCGAGGAAGGGGACCACAGACAUCGCGGUGUCUGAGAUCUUCAUCAGCCAGAAGGACCUGGUCGCCAUCGUCCCCCUCGCUAUGGACACUGAACUCCUGAACACAGCCAUCCUCACGGGGAAGACGGUGGCCAUGCCCGUCAGGGUGGUGUCGGUGGAGGAGAACUGCACCGUGAGAGACAUCUCAGAGCUGGCGGAGUGCAAAGCCAUGGAUGAGAAUGUCAUCAAGGUCUCAGACCACUGUGACUAUGUCUUUGUCAACGGUAAAGAGAUCAAGGGCAAGGUGGACUCGGUGGUGAAUUUCACCUACCAGCACCUGAGCGCACCGCUGCAUGUCACCGUGUGGGUGCCACGGCUUCCCCUGCAGAUCGAGGUCUCUGACACGGAACUCAGCCAGAUUAAGGGCUGGCGAGUCCCCAUCGUGGCCAGCAAGAGGCCCACUCGGGACAGUGAGGAGGAAGAAGAGGAAGAACAGAGAGGCCGGGGUUGUGCCCUGCAGUUCCAGCAUGCCACAGUGCGCGUCCUCACCCAGUUUGUAUCAGAAAGUGCUGGGCCCUGGGGCCAGCUGAGCCACCUUCUCAGUCCAGACUGGCAGUUUGACAUCACCCACCUGGUGGCUGACUUCAUGAAGCUGGAGUCCCCACACAUCGCCACCUUGCAGGAUAGCAGGGUCUUGGUUGGGCGGGAAGUCGGAAUGACCACUAUCCAGGUGUUGUCCCCCCUGUCCGACUCCAUCUUGGCCGAGAAGACAGUAACUGUGCUGGACGACAAAGUGUCUGUGACAGACUUGGCUGUCCAGGUGGUGGCUGGGCUGUCUGUCACCCUGCACCCCAUCUCAGAGAACAACAAGGCCACCUCAGCCGUAGCCACAGCAGAGGAACUGCUGCGUGCCCCCAAACAGGAAGCUAUAAUCAGCACAUGGCUCCAGUUCAGUGACGGCUCAGUGACACCCCUGGACAUCUAUGACACCAAGGACUUCUCCUUGACUGCCAUCUCUUUGGACGAGGCUGUCAUCUCCAUCCCACAACCCCUCUCGCCUUGGUGGCCCACUGUGGUAGCUGAAGGAGAGGGCCAGGGCCCACUGCUCCGGGUCGAUAUGUCCAUCGCUGAGGCCUGUCAGAAAUCCAAGCGCAAGAGCGUGCUGGCUGUUGGCAUUGGCCAUGUGGGGGUCAAGUUUGGGUGGGAAGAUGCUGACUCCAGCCAGACUGGAGAAAAGGAUGAGGAGGAGAUCAAGAACCAUGCCAGCGAUCGUCGGCAGAAGAUUCAGGACCUGGAACGCCCAGGCCAAGAUGAACUACACCAUGGCAACUUUCCCGGGGAUCGUGAGGAAGGGGCCCUGCUGAGUGCCACCACCACUACCAAGUCCCUGCUAGAUAACAACGUGGGGAAGAGUGGCAGGCGGGACGGGGCCAGGCUACACAGCAUCCCCAUAGACUUCACCAACUUCCCGGCCCAUGUGGACCUCCCCAAGGCCAAGGCCGGGGGCACACUUGAGGAGAAUGGUCUGAUGCAGACAGCCCAUGGCCUGAGUGACCUAGAGAUUGGGAUGUAUGCCCUCCUGGGUGUCUUCUGCCUGGCCAUCCUUGUCUUUCUCAUCAAUUGUGCCACUUUUGCCUUCAAGUACAGGCACAAACAGGUACCUCUAGAAGGUCAGGCAUCCAUGACCCACUCUCAUGACUGGGUCUGGCUGGGCAAUGAGGCGGAGCUCUUGGAGAACAUUGGGGACUUGUCCCCACCCCAAGACGAGCACACGACCAUCAUAGACCGAGGGCUGGGAGGCUGCGAGGAGAACAACCACUUGUUUCUCAACGGCGGCUCCCAAAAGCACAUGCAGAGCCAGGUUCACAGGCCACCAGGUUCUGGGGGGCGGCAGACCAGGGAGCCCAGGCAGGAACCUGCGAACUCGCCCACCUCCAAGAUGAAGAAGGUAAAGUUUGCCACCUUCACCAUCCCACCUGAGGACAGCUGCCCCACAGUGAACUCCAUCCUAAGUGGGGAAGACGACAUCAAGUGGGUUUGUCAAGACCUAGACGUGGGCGCACCCAAGGAGCUCAGAACCUACCUGGAGAAAUUCCAAGACAGCGUGUAGUGCCCUGGCCUCUUCGCCAACUUGGGACCGUAGCCUCCUUUCCUCCCUCCAUCAGCAGAGAAACUGGAAGGAAGGAGCUCUCAGUGGACUGAAUGAGGAAGGCUGGGGCUCCACAAAAUACCAGGCAGCAGGUUAGGAGUUGAGAAGGAAAAUGUUUUUAUACUAAAGUGGGUUUUUUGGGUUUUUUUUUAGCAGCUAAGGAUGGUAGGUUUCCAGAAGUUUGAGUCUCUGACCCUGCAGCGAGGCAGAGUGGAUCCGAGAGAGAACUGCUCAGACAUGAGAGAGUUAUUUUACGAAUCAAAAUACACUGCAGACAAGCUACCAAAAAUAUUUGUUAAAAAAAAUACAAAAAGAUAAAUAAAAAAACACACAAAUGAC